AUGCAGUUUUUCAUUCUCGCUGCUAUAAUCGCAGCGACGAUCGGAAAAUACUCCGAUGCCGUGCGCUCUGAAAUACCCGCUACACGAUCCUUCUUCUACGUCGGCGGGCGGUACGACCAUGACGGUGACGGCGGCCAUGUUUUUCGGGACCAGAUGUAUGUUGAGAAACUCGCCCCCGUAAGGGGAGCUUGGAAAGACACGCCUAUCGUUAUGAUUCACGGUAUGGCGCAGACAGGCACGAAUUUCCUGAAUAAGCCCGACGGCGGAGUUGGUUGGGCCUCGAGGUUUAUUGAGCAGGGAUAUGAGGUGUACAUUGUUGACCAGACCUUUCGGGGAAGAUCUGCUUGGAUGCCUGGGCAAGGCGCUGCGAAGCUUAGCACCCUUUCGGCCGAGGCUGUGGAGGUUGCGUUUACUGAUUCGAGGACGCAUAUGCUCUGGCCUCAGGCUCUGAACCAUACCCAAUGGCCUGGCUCUGGGGUUCGGGGCGAUCCAGUGUUUGACGCGUUUUACAGCUCGAAUGUGGAGUUUGUUGAUAAUACGACCUAUCAGCAGACUUCGGUUCAGGCAGCUGGUGCAGCCUUAUUGGAUAGGAUUGAGAAACCGGCUGUUCUUCUGGGACAUAGUCAGGGAAGCUUCAUGCCUACUUUGAUUGCUGACAUGAGGCCGAACCUUACGAAGAGCAUUGUUCUGCUAGAAGCUGCUGGACCGCCGUUCAAAGAUGAGAUUUUCAAGUUUGGCGGAGAGUUUCCUAGGCCAUGGGGUCUGUGGGAUGUUCCUAUCACGUAUGACCCUCCUGUAGACGACCCGAAGAAGGACCUUGUCCAGAAGGUUCAUGCCCAGAAAGAUGAUUUGUCUACAGAGUGUAUACUUCAGGCAGAUGAACCUUCGCCCCGAAAGUUGGUCAACUUGAUGGACAUUCCUAUUCUUAUUGUCACAGGUGAGGCAUCAUACCAUAUGCCUUAUGAGCACUGCACGGCUGCGUAUUAUAAACAGGCGGGAUGUUUAAAGACGGAGCUUAUUGAGUUGGGAACUAUUGGGAUUCAUGGGAACGGGCAUAUGCUUAUCAUGGAGAAGAACAGUGACGAGAUACAUGCUGUUGUCGAGAAGUGGAUACUCAAGUAUCUGCUGUUCUCCCGUUCCAUUAAAAGUCUUUCCAACCAUGCCUCGCACCCAGUCAGUUUCUCUCCCCUUUCAACCAUUUCCCUAGUUAAGAUGUCCAACGCAGGGUCAUCCUCUACUGCCCUCACCAGGGCGCGCAACAGGCCCUGCGAGAUGGAAAACCUGUUCAGCCGAGAAUCUCGGUAUACCGUCUGGCGAAAACUUUGGCUAUGGCUUGCUGAAAGCCAAAAGCAGCUUGGCAUCGUCUACCGCGUCCCCAUCCCCGACACCAAGCCUCAGAGGUUCACAGUAGAGAGAAUAAUCGACGAUGAGGGUCUGGAACAGCUGAGGCGCUGUAGUCAAGUCCUGAGCUACCAAGUUCAUACUGCGCAAAUGCGCUCACUGAUGGGUAAUUUCCUAUGUGAUCUCCGGGCUCAAUAUCACUACGUCACUGAUAUAGACGCCCCUCGAUCUGAGCACUGGCUCAACAUUGGCGUCACCCACGACUACACCCUCGAGAACACGGAGCAGAUUCUCAUGGCUCAAGCCCUGGAUAUCCUGAACACCAAGAUCUCGAUGCUUCUCUACCGACUUCGAAAUUUUGCCAUGGAUCACAGGUCUGCACAAUGUGUCAUGUAUAAGCCAGACUCCGAUAGACCUAUCUACGUUACAACAAUCGGAGGGAGAGUUGCUUCUUGGGCUAGGGCACUCGUCGAAGUUCUGUGGGCUUUUCAAAGGCUUCGAUGCAGCAUUCGAUCGGCUGGUUCUCAGCCAAUUACUCAAUGUGAACAGGGAAACAUUGACUAUUAUGACAAGCCAUCCAUGCGGGAACACUUCGAGGGUGACGACUCAAAGUGCGAGAAGUUAGAUGAACUCCUUUGCCAAAGGAUGGGGCUUGAAAAGUGUCACGCACUAACUCCUCAGAAGCACUAUUUCACAUACCGCGCCGAGACUAACGCACUUUUGGGUCGCUUCUGCCAUGCUCUAGGCGAAAUAGCUCUUAAUGCUGUUGAAGAUCUGGACCAUUUUCACUCUAGUGAGCAGAUGGUCGAGAAAAGGGCGAGGAACGAUGGCUCCCCUGUCACAGCGGACGAUCCAUUGUACAGACAGUCACCGCUCCUUAGGAUUGCUGCAGAAGCACUCAUGCAAGCGGCACUCACUUUCAAGGAUCCCCAAGUGCCCAAGACCAUUAGAUAUGGGGAAUACAUCAUGGCACGGCUGUUCAAGCACGCGGCACGAGUCGUCAGGGUACUCCAAAGCAUCGUCGAAGGUCUUUACUACGAUGCUGUGAAAGCCAACGCCCUCAAGUGGCUCGAGAUGCCAUUCAUGAUGAGAGCCCCUCUCAUCGCUAGAUAUACCCUCCGCGGCGAGGAUUCAAUGACUAUUUUGUGGCAUCUAAGAAACGUUAGCAUGUGGGUGAUGCACCAACCAUCUCAGCUUCAAGCGCAAAGCUUUGUGGCCACACUCCAGUGCCACGAAUUCUUCAACAACCAUGCUGGCGAAGUUAACAAUGCUAUCUUGUCGGUUCAGGAUGUCAAACAUAUUGUAAAAGAAGUCAAAGAUAUUUGUGGAGGGAACGGUAUCGUCGCCAGGAGACUUCAGCCUUACUCGGGGUAUAUUCGAGAGAUGACAGCUGGAGAGAUGCGCCUGCAGGCACCUCUGAUGAUUGAGGCUGGCCGUCGUCACUAG